AUGAAGACGUUUCUUUUGAUUUCUCUACUGCUCCUUCUGGCCACUUUUGAGUGCGUCAAGAAGCAAGAAAAGUGAGUGGUACCGUAGUCCUACAGUAAUCCUUGUCCGUUUUCUUGUAGAACAGUUCACAAAGUGGUUUAUAUCGAGAAAGUGGCGCCCGCAGUUCCCAAACCGGUCAGUUUUUGGGUCUCGAACGGAAAUACCAUUAUUUUAAAAGAGAUUGCAGCUCUCCCAGUACGAGCAGUGCAAGCGGGAAUGCCGAAUUCAAAGGGACGCGCAGAGCAAUGCGGAACGUGUGGAGCAGCUCAAAAAAGAGAUCGACGAGGCCGAGGCGCUGCUCGCCGAGCACAAUAAACACGUGGAUGCUCCCGAGAUUCCCGAAGAGCGGCAGGAGGGCUCUGGAGACAACACGGCAAAGCAAGGUAAUCGGAAGAGCGCAAAAAGUUUAACAUUUGAAUUUCCUUGCAGCCAGUCGUUUCGAUCAUCUGAAAAGGGCGGCGAGCCGGAUCGUGGACAGCGGCAGCGAGUUGAAGAACGCCAUCACCGGCGGCGGAGACAACUAA